GAAAAGCAACAAAACUAGUAACAAAAAUGAGUCUAGCGCUAAGAGCUGAGUUUGCCUUAGAUAAAAACAAAAAGAAGAAAAAGAGAGAACUAGCAGAAGAACAGAAACAAGAAAUUAGAGAAGCUUUUGAUCUGUUUGACACAGAUAAAGACAGAGCUAUAGACUACCAUGAACUAAAGGUCGCUAUGAGAGCGCUUGGCUUUGAUGUAAAGAAGGCAGAUGUUCUGAAGAUUCUGCGUGAUUAUGACAGAGAGGGUGCAGGAAAGAUUUCCUUUGAUGAUUUCAAUGAAGUCAUGACAGACAUGAUGCUAGACAGAGAUCCACAGGAAGAAAUUCUCAAAGCUUUCAAACUAUUUGAUGAUGACACCUCAGGAAAAAUUAGUCUUCGGAAUCUCAGGCGGGUAGCGAGAGAGCUGGGAGAAAACAUGACUGAUGAAGAACUAAGGGCCAUGAUAGAUGAGUUUGAUAGGGAUGGUGAUGGAGAAAUCAAUGAAGAGGAAUUCAUAGCUAUCAUGACAGGUGAUACAUGACCGACUGGCCAACCAAUAGAAACUUCUGUCAGUGAAUGAGCGACCCACAAAUCAACCAAUGACAAUUCUUGUUUGUGUAUGGCCAACCAAUGCCAACUAUAUACGAGAGGGAUGAAAGGUUACAAUGUAAAACUGCUGUACAGAUAUUUACAACUGUUCUUUGUCAAAGUGUACAAACUCAUUGCUUGUAUGGUUUUAUAAAAUUUGUGACCGAUUUGUUAUGAAAAAGUAUUUUUCCAUGUAAAAUAUGUGCCGUAAAUAAAUGUAAAUUAUGUAUUAACUGUGGCAAAAGUGAAUUAAAAAUGAAGGGACCAGUGCUGAGAAUG